AUGGCACCGAAAGUGAAAAAGACACAGCAAAAGAAGGAUGCAUCCGAUGAGAAGCUUCAAGCAGUUGUCUUGACGGACUCUUUUGAGACAAGGUUCAUGCCAUUAUCAGCAACUACGCCUCGAUGUCUUCUCCCCUUGGUUAAUGUCCCAUUGAUUGAAUACACUUUGGAGUUUUUGGCAAAUGCCGAGUUGAGCGAUGUUAUCCUAGUCUGUUCAUCACACCAUGAGAAAAUCCAACACUACAUCGAGCACUCCAAAUGGAGCCGACCAAACUCUCCGAUCCAGAUUACCUUGGUGAUGUCAUUGGAAUCAAGAUCUGUUGGUGAUGCAAUGAGAGAUAUCGACAAUCGUGGUCUCAUUACUGGAGACUUCCUCUUGGUCUCUGGAGACGUUGUUACCAAUAUUGAUUUUAAAAAAGCUUUGAGUUUCCAUAAACAAAAAUCACAACUGGACAAAAAUCACAUGGUAACCAUGAUUUUGAACAAGGCAUCUCCCGUGCACCGUACCAGAUCCAAAAUUGACCCAGGUACAUUUGUUCUUGAUAAAGCAACCAAUAGAUGUGUGUUUUAUCAAGAGAUUCCUAAUGGUAAGAGCAGUUUGGAUAUUGAUCCUGAACUCUUGGAAGGCGACGACUUUGCCAUCCGUAAUGACUUGAUUGAUUGUCAUUUGGAUAUUUGUACACCACAUGUGCCACAAAUCUUUCAAGAAAAUUUUGAUUACCAAUAUUUGAGAAGUGAUUUUUUGAAAGGUGUUUUGACUUCGGACUUGUUAAGAAAAACCAUUUAUGCAUAUCUUAGCGAAGAGAGCUCAGAUUAUUCUGCAAGAGUCGAGAGUUGGGAGACUUAUAAAGCAGUCUCACAAGAUGUGCUUGGUAGAUGGACUUAUCCAAUACUGCCAGAUUGUAAUUUGGCCGACGACACGACAUACUCGUAUGAGUUCAACAAUGUAUACAAGGAAGAAAAAGUCAUUCUUGCGCAGUCAUGUAAGAUUGGCUCUUCGACUGCCAUUGGAAGAAAUUCCAAGAUUGGCGAAGGUACAUUUGUUGCACAAUCCGUAAUUGGAAGAGAUUGUCAGAUUGGAAACAAUGUUACCAUUCGUAACUCAUACGUGUUGGAUGGUGUAACUGUUGAAGAUGACUGUAUCCUUGAGGGAUGUGUCGUGGCAUCCGGUGCCGUAUUACAAAAAGAAGCACAUUUACCACCAUCUACAGUGAUCAACUAUAAUGCUAAAGUUGGUAGUGGGCUAUACUUUUCUGGAAAUAGGCAAAAUGAGAAUAAAAGUCGCAAUAUCAAUGGUAACAACAUCAACAAUGAUGAUGAUGAUGAUGAUGAAGAGGAAGAGGAAGAAGAAGGUGAUGAUGAUGAUGUUGAUGAUGAAGAAGAUGAAGAUUAUGAAGAUUAUGAUAAUACAGACUCUAGUCUUGAAAAACCUUCAUUUUACCUGUUGUCAAAUAUCUCCGAUGAUUCGAUAGCCUCAGUAAGCGACAAGAAAAAAAGACGUCCAUCUCGAAGGAGAUAUUCUGCCAACUCAAUGAUGUCAGAGUAUGAUGAUGAACAGUUCGAUGUCGAGGGUCUUGCCACAGUUUCACGAGCAAUCGAGAAUAACCAUGAUAUUGAUACAGCAUUGUUGGAACUAAAUACAUUGAGAAUGUCAAUGAAUGUUACAUACCAUGACGUCAGGUCUGUUACUAGUGAAGCAAUUUUGAAAAAGGUAAAUGAAUUUGUAACAACAGACACAUUGAAGCCCCAAGAAGCUACAGUUAAACUUUUUACGCAUUGGGGUAAAAUGUUUAAGCGUCAAGUGUUUAGUCCAGAAGAAGAAGUUGAUCUUUUGCAAAUUCUUGAAAGUGAUAUAUCACAAAUGGACUCCUCAUUUAAUCAAGUUGUUUUAUUCUGUGUUUUAAAAACUUUGUACGAUAUUGAUGUUGUUGAAGAAGAGAAUAUUUUGCAAUGGUGGAACAAAGGAGAAGAGUCCUCGGUUAGAACACUUGCUGUUAAAUUUAUAAAUUGGUUAGAAGAAGCUGAAGAAGAGUAA